ACAAGACUGUUGUCUCUUCCUUCUCACAGAAACACAGUAUGAAUACCAGCCACAGAGCUUUGCUUGCUCUAGUUUCUCUUAUUCUUUUCCAUUUUCUCGUGUCCUCGUCACUUUCUCUUAACAGAGAAAGAAAGAUUGUUCCUCCCCAAAGACUAUCCAGGCGAUUUGUAGAUUCGGUCACCUUUUCAUCACAUGAGAGCAAGUCCAGUGUUGCUGAUGGAGAUCAGCAGAAAGGUCUGGAAACAAGUCUUAGGAAGGCACCACCAAGUUUUUCAAAUCCCACCCAGAAUAAGUAAUGUCAGUCUGAUGUGUUCAGCAAUCCUUGGAAACAAGAGACCAGAAGCUUGGUUUCUUCCCACAUUUUUGUAGUUUCCAUGUAUAGUUUACUGCUGGAUAGUUAGAGAAAGGUUAGAGGUUCAACAUAGUUAGUAUGUUUAUUUUGGACAUCGGGACCAUUUUUUCAUUGUUUUCCUCUCAUCUGUAAUUUACUCAUUCUUUAGUAAUUCGUCGUCUAAAAUUAGAUUGACUUCUUAUUGGUGUAUCUACGGAACUCAUAUCAUAUUUAGGUGUCUAUUACAGAAAAUUCGAAGUUUUUUUUGUUUCUGGUAGUUGAUAAUGCACAGAACUGUGUCGUUGGAUUAUCGGGUAGAAAAGAUGCAUGUGUUCUGGGUUAUCCCAUAUCUCCUUGUACAUUUCUGUGUUAAAGGCUCUACUUAAUGCUUCCCCAAAUUCUUGCUCGUAUUCCUCUAUUUAAAUCCUUUUUAUCAUUUUCCACCAGAAAAGGAAAAAAAUGGAAAAAGACAGCAGCAAGGAAAGAGCUCUCUUUCUCUUAUGAAUAGUGUUAGCCUCAGUAAACCCUUCUAUCAUCAAGGGGUUCUACAUCUUUUGGGAACCUUGAGUAACUUAUUAGAAAUUCUGCAUCUCGUCAAUCUACAAAUUGAGAUUCUAAGUUGAACACUACCAUUGGAAGUUAAAGUAGAUUGCUGCUCAACACUUAUUGGAAAUUGUCUUCUCCGGUUUCUUCGUAAAUACACGCCUGGUUUGUUUUUGCUCUUGUUUCAAACAGUAUAGUUUCAUUAAUAAAAACAUACCCCUUAUUGGAAAUAAAUUACGUGUAACAGAUCCUGAAAUCUCAUAAAAGCUGUAUUUCUCAUGUUGGAUCGGAAAUCCAUUAUUUCCCCAUAGAAGAAGAUAUGAUAUGUGAAGAAAAAUGGUGAAGGCAAGUUCUCAAUCUUCCUGUGGAUGGUACUUGGUAGUGCUAUUGCAGAUGUACCGUUCUAGCGUUGCACUUGUAGAUUUGCUGCUUCUACACUUGCAAAUUGCAAGGUUCUCUCUACUAUUUAGAAAUCUAAUUGUGUCAUUGCAUGUUAAUCCUGUUUUCCUUUAUUAUGUUGAGUAAUGCUUGUUGAUAUGGUGUUCAACUAGUUGCAAUAGGCACUCAAAGGAGCGAGCGAUUCCAAAUACAGAUCAGUCCCCCUUUUUCCCCCCCACACAUGGAAAAAGAAAACGGUGGAUUUAGUGGUUUGGGUGAAGCCAUUGUCUACUCAGGAAAACCCAAACUGGAGGUUUCUCGCAGCUACACGUGUGUGGAAUGCAAUGGAAAGAUGGUCCAGGCACAUUCAAUGACCGGAAAGACUCUAUGUAACGGGCAUGUUUUGGGUGUUCUGUUCGUGAUAAGCAAUAAGGCCAGUGAAUACAAUCGAGAGAGUAGGUUUUAUUUUGUGUGCUCUCUUCACUGAUCUGAUAAUGAGAAUUCGUAAGAGCAGGUCUCCCUUUCCCAUUCUGUAUCUCAAUGCCCAGGAGAACGCUUCAGUAUCAUCUCAGGAUAAGUCUAAGCGAGAUUCAGGGACUGUGAUGACGGAUCCAGAAUUGCUUGAUCAGUUGCAACUAGAUGAGGCAAAGCAGAUCGGCAGAAGCUCUUUUGCGCCAGAUAUGCUGAAACCGGUAUCCAAGAGACACAAAGGAACUGGCAAUCGAGGAAGAGCCGCAAGCAAGCCUGGUAUUCAUACAAGGAAAAGACGUAGACCCGAGUAUCCAACUAUUAUUGUGUUAGGACUGAGAGCUCACCUUCCAUCAGAUCAUAAGAACCCAACUCCCAGAAGGAAAAGUAGAAGAAAGGUAGAUAAAAAUGAAGCUGCAGAAACAAGGUUGGUGUCAGCUGUGUCUCCAAAGAAAGAUCCUAGUGGACCUGGAGUUAGUAAGGAGGCAAAGUCCAACAAUUGUGAGUGGAGGAGUGAACUGUCCCUCCCUCCUUCUCCACCAAAUGAUACUGUCGAGGAUCGGGACAAGGAAGAUCAACGAUUGUUCUUGGAGGUGGUUGAGGCUCUGCAGAGGGUGAAGCCAAAGAGACGAAGGGGAAGGCCAAAGAAGGUACCCACAGACCAGCUGAUGGAGGUAGAAAUCGAAUAACUAAUCAGUGAAUCAAAAGGUCAGUCACUGUCCUCUUCUCCCUCGCAGCUAUCCAAACAGUUGACUACGUUUCUAAACAAGUCUCUCUCACGAUGCUCUACUCCGAUUGUACGUUAAAGCCCUCGCCUUUCUUCUUCUUUGAUGUUGUUUAGAUAUCGGCUUUCAAGAAUCAACGGUGCCCCAAAAAGUGAACAGCUUUAAAGAGCAGAACAGCUAGCCACCUCUGGUUCCUAUUCCCCCCUGGUUAUGUUUCAGUUGAGUGAAACUGUCUUUGUCUAUCUAUCUAUACUUACGCUCUAUAGUGACUUGUUAAAGCUCAGUUAAACUCGUAGCUGGGCCGAUGUUGUGGAUUCUGAACUCGAUGUAAUAAGGUUAGCACAUAUCU